AUGAGACCUUCCAUUGGUAUCGUGUUACUGAGUAUUGCUAUUUCAACAACUGCAAACUUUGAUUGGUGUGAAGAAAAUGGGGUUAUCAAGUAUGGUUAUUUUAACAAUUGUACAAAAGACUAUUGGUCAGUAAACAAUAGUGUGGUAUACUUUAGUGAUGAAGCAUUAAAUUUUAAUUUUAAAAACGGGUGUUGUCAAAGCAAUACAAAGACGUUUGAAAAUUUGAACGAUUCAAACACAAAAGAAAAGGGACUUUAUUUCAUAGAAGAAGGUGUACAACUUAAAACUCUUUAUAUUAGAGUUAAAGAUCCAAACACAAGAAUACGAAUAGGAGAAAAUCAUCGUCCCGAAGGACUUUUCGUGUACUUUGGUUGUAGAAACGAAUGUAGAAAAAAUGUUGAUGACGGGCAUAGGACAGCUCCAGUAGUUCAAAAGAAAGGUUUAAUAUUGUUUUCAGAAAUUGACGAAAAGUUUUAUAUUUUAAUUACUAGAAUUGAUACAACCAAUAUACCAUAUUUAUAUAUUUCUGGUAAUGUCAAACAAACAAUUAAUAUACUAUUUGAACGGCCAAUAAAUCCUGGGGGGAAAUAUUCCAAAAUGCGAUAUUUGUUUACUGGACCUGAAACAAAUACAGUGACCUUUUAUAAUAGUUUUACGAUUGGUGAAGCCAAAUCUGUUUGUGAAAGAAAUAACAUUCAUCGUUAUUUGUUGUUUUUACCAACAGAAACCAAUUCAGGAAAUUUUCAAAACACCAAUUGUACUUGUGUUCCAAAUUCUAAUGAAUUGUUAAAUGAAUAUUCUUGGAAUUACCCCGAUUGUAGAUACAACCAUUCUCUUUUUGAUUUAGAUAUUCAAAAAUUUAAAAAUUAUGAAAAUGAAAUUAUUGUUGAAUUAUAUGAGUGGUAUCGCCUAUUACAAUCUGAAAGUGUAAAAUACACAUUCAAACCAAAAAACGAAGACCAAUAUUUUUAUAUGAAAUUUGAAAUAUUAAAAAUAGAAGAAGAUUAUGAAGUCACAUUUGAAAUGCCCGUAAACAUCACAACUUUAGAAAUAUAUUCAUUUGGAAAAUAUUACUUUAAAAAUGGUCUUGAAGUCCAACAAGUUACUCUUAAUCAAGAUUUUAAAAAUACAAUUCUCUUCGCUGUGAAUGGAAUGUUCAUUGAAAAGAAAACAAGUCUAUUAACACAAUGUGGAAAAAGAGUUUUUAAAAAAGGAAGUGAUGAUUACAUGUGUUAUUGUAAUUACACAAAUGGAGCUUUUUAUUAUAACAGAGAUGGUUAUUAUAUUACAGAUGAUUGUUUAUACCCAAAAGAAUUGGAUUUGACUCUUCAAAUAAAUUCAAGUGAAUAUGCCAUCGAAGGAAAUCAAUAUUGGAAUAAAAUCAACUUAUUAGUGAAUGAAGUCACUAUUUUAGUUAAUAAUGGUUUGACUGAACAAUUUUUAAUUGAAACCAAUAACAUUUCUAUUCAAACUAUUUUGAACAUCCAAACAAAUUUAAAAGUGAAUGAAGUGAUAGAAGUUGGAGAAAAUGCUCACAUUUCUGUGAGUAAUAAUGCCAUUUUGAAAUUUGAUGAAAAUUCCACAAUUUCCUUUCAAACAAUCAGAGAGAGUAAAAAUAUCAAUGGAAUUAUUACAGUCGAAGGAAACAGCACAAUAGACUUCCCGAACCCAAUUAAUAAUGAACGUCCAUUGCUAUCAUUCGAACAAAAUUUUUCUUCUUGUUUUGAGUUUAUUUCAUUUGAAAAGGAACAACAAACUCUUUUGUUUAAAAACACUAAAAAUGAACAACUGCUUGGUGGAAAAUUGUUGAGAAUAUGUCCAAAUGACAUAGAAUUUGACUAUAAUGUUCUUUGCAUUUUAAUAAAAGAUAAUAUGACUGACUUUAUGAGUUAUGAAAGAAAUGUUCUUCACUGUCCACUUUCAAAUGAAAAUGCAACAAUUCUAAUAAAAACUGAAAUCUUUAGACAAUCAGAAGAUUUCAAUGGUGUUUUUACACAAGAAAAUAAUGUUCUCUCUUAUACACAACAAAGCAUUUUCAAAGCAAAGUUUUAUCAAAAUGAACAAAAAGUUGUAUAUAUAACAAAUGACUCACAAGAUGGUGGCUCUCUUCUUUUUACUCAAAACACUUCGAAACUUCUUUUAGGUGAUGAAAUUGGGUUUGCAGAAGUUGUCACUCCAAAUUCUCUUAAAAGUAAAAGUUAUGAUACGGUGGUGGAAAUUGAAAUCUCAGUAGAAAAUGGAUGUAGAGUUUUUAAUGUUUCUUCUGAUAUUGAAAGCAAAUGUUUGAUAUGUAAAAAAGAUUACUAUUAUUAUAGUUCCAAUUCUUCAUGUGAGAAAAUUGAUGAUAAAUGUUCGACUUAUUAUGAUAACAGCACAAUAUCCUUUUGUCAAAAAUGUCCGACGGGAUUUGAACCAAAUAAAGGCACAUGUUUAGAAUGUCCACAGAAUUGUCUUCGUUGUGUUGAACACAAGUGCGUCUCAUGUGAAACUGAUUAUUAUUACAAUGAAAGUGGUGAGUGUUUUCCAAUUACUUAUAAUAACAACACAAUGUUAAUUUAUCACCAAAAUGUUUUAAAAUGUUCAGAAGGAUUUUAUGUUUCGAAUGGACAUUGUGAAUUAUGUCCCGAAAAUUGCGUUUCAUGUCGAGUAAAACAAAGUGUUUUAUUGUGUGAAAUUUGUAACACAAAAAGUCUGUUAAAAGAAAAUGAUACAGCAACAUUUUGUGAAUUACAAAAGAACGCGAAUUUGACAACAACAUCAUCAACAAUUAUUUGUGAAAAAAUGUAUUUCCUAAACUUUAGCAACACAUGUGAAAAGUGUUCUGAAUAUUAUGGCGUUUUUUGUGAGAUUUGUGACACAACUCAAUGUAUCAAAUGCUCUUCAAAUGGGGUCUUAAAUAACUCAGGAAUUUGUGUAGAAAAAUCCCCAAGUUAUUGUACAUCAACAAGUAAUACAUAUUGCGAGGCCUGUGUAAAUCAAAACAUGUUUUUAAAUAGUAGUGGACUGUGUGAAUUAAAUGAAAAUUGUUCAAUUUCAUUUAAAAAUGAAAAGUGCACAAUUUGUGAAAAGGGGUAUCUUCAUACAAAUGACAAUUCAUGUAUAACAGCACCCGAUAAUUCAUCUUGUGGUAUUUUCACUCCGGAGAAUGAUCGUUGUAUUCGUUGUGAACAUGGAUAUUACGUUUCUGAUGAUAAGUGUAUGACAUGUACUGAGAAUUGUACUGAAUGUUACAACUCCACGUUGUGUUUAAAGUGUUCUGAAAAUUUCUAUUUAUAUGAUGAUGGUUCGUGUAUAGCCAACUCGAACGUAACAAACAAUUGCAAAAAGCUAAUUUCUGGCUCUUCUAAAUGUGCGAUAUGUGACACUUCAUAUUUCAGAAAUUUUGAAGGGAAGUGCCAGUCUUGCAUUGAAAAUUGUUUGAUGUGUAACAACGAACAAAAAUGUCUUUCAUGUCAGAAAGAUUACUUUUUACUUAUCGAUUCAACGCAAUGUAUUUCAUAUGAUAAAUUAGUCAAUUGUGAUGUUAAAGACCAAAGUGGAUGUUCCAAAUGUACUGAAGGUUUUUACAUUGACAACCAAUAUUGUUCAAGUUGUUCUUCACAAACAACGAAUUGUUCUCGUUGUAAUCAAAAUGGUAUGUGUUCAAAUUGUGAUGACAACUUCGUUUUGAUUUCACAGAAAUGUGUUCCAUUACAUCAAGUUGCAAAUUGUGUCGAAGUAACAAAUUCAAAGUGCACGAGUUGUUCUUUUUGGCACAUUCCAAGUGCUUCUUACACUUCAUGUAAAACAAAAGUUGUCUGGUGGGUUAUUUUACUCUGCGUUUUGUUCAUGGUAUUUAUUGGUGUUCUCUUAAUUACAAUUGGAAUAUUUUCAAUGUUCAAAAUAUUAGAACACCGUCGUAGAGAAGCUCUUCGUCGGAAGAUAUGUCUUUUUGAUAUUAAAAACUCGAAUGUCCAAUUUGUGAAAACUUCGAGCAAUGGUGUUCUAGUUAAUAUGAAGGAAAUCACCUUUGAAAAUCCAGACUCUACAAACCCAAAUCGAGAGAUUAAAGUUGGACAAGAAUCAAGGCAACUUCUUUGUGUUGGUAACUCGACUAAAAAUACACUGAAAAUUCAAUUUUCCUCAAAGGCGAGUGACUUCAAAUAUUCUUUCAGGACAGAACCAAAAAUUGUUUCGAUUCCAAAGGGAAAAGCGUGUGAAUUUGAAGUCUAUUUAACACCAAAUUGUUCCACUGAAAUCCACGACAAGGUCUUACUACUAUCUUCCAAUUUGAAGACAGGAAACACUUCUGAGUUUCAAAUGAGCAUUUUGGCAAAGACUGAAAUCUCAACGAAAUUAGAUCCCGACGAAUUAGUCGAAGAGAAGAAACUUGGCGAAGGUUCCUUUGGUGUUGUGUAUAAAGGUGAAUUCAGAGGAAAUGUAGUUGCCAUUAAAAAAAUGAAAGAAAUCACCAACAACGAAAAGUCCAUUGAAGAAUUCAAAAAGGAAGUUGCGAUGCUUGAAAAGUUCCGGUGUGGGUAUAUCGUCCAUUUCUAUGGCGCUGUGUUCAUUCCUUCUAAAAUCUGUUUAGUUACUGAAUUUGCAAAUUAUGGAAGUUUAAAGGAUUUGAUGACAAAAACACAAACAAGUGAACACAUUUUACAUGUCACUGGUGAUAUGCAAAAUGCAUCAAAAACACAACCAAUUUCGAUCAACUUGAGAGUCAAAUUUUGUUUGGAUGCUGCAAAGGGAAUUUUGUAUUUGCAUGAAAAUGGGAUCUUACAUCGGGACAUUAAACCAGACAAUUUCUUGGUGUUUUCACUGGAUUUGAAUGACACCAUCAAUGCCAAAUUGACUGAUUUUGGAAGUAGUAGAAAUGUCAAUCAAAUGAUUUCUAAUAUGACAUUCACUAAAGGAAUUGGAACACCGGUGUAUAUGGCACCCGAGGUGUUAAACAAAGAGAAAUAUACAGAAAGUGCAGAUAUAUUCUCUUUUGCAAUUUCAUUGUAUGAAACUGUUACUUGGAAAGAAGCAUUUCCAAAGGAAAAAUUCAAAUUUCCUUGGACAGUAGCAAAUUUUAUAACGGGUGGAAAACGCUUUGAAAGGACAGAAGAUAUUCCAAUACAAAUAUAUGAAGUAAUGGACAUGUGUUGGAAACAAAACAAAAGAGAAAGAAUGGGGAUAAAAGAAACAGUGAAGAAACUUGAGAAAAGAAAAAAAUUUAAGAUUUUUGCCGAUAAAGGGGCAGAAAAAAACAGAUGUUGGAAAAAAAGCGAUGUUUCCAAAAUAAUAGUAAUUUAA